GGAGCCGCCCUGCCGGGAAGGAGCCCGAAGGGGAGUCGGCGGCACAAAAUGGCGGCGGCGGCGGCGACAGUCGCUGCCGGGGCUCCGGGCCCGGCGGUCCCCGCCGCAGCGGCCUGCACUCCGGGCUCGGGGAGCGCAGCCCCCGGGUCGCAGGGGAUGUUGAUCGGGGACCGGCUGUACUCCGGCGUGCUCAUCACCUUGGAGAACUGCCUCCUGCCUGACGACAAGCUCCGCUUCACGCCGUCCAUGUCGAGUGGCCUCGACACCGACACGGAGACCGACCUCCGCGUGGUGGGCUGCGAGCUCAUUCAGGCGGCCGGCAUCCUGCUCCGCCUGCCGCAGGUGGCGAUGGCCACCGGGCAGGUGCUGUUCCAGCGGUUUUUCUACACCAAGUCUUUCGUGAAGCACUCCAUGGAGCAUGUGUCCAUGGCGUGCGUGCACCUGGCCUCCAAGAUAGAGGAGGCCCCGCGGCGGAUCCGGGACGUCAUCAACGUGUUCCAUCGCCUGCGGCAUCUGAGGGAGAAGAAGAAACCUGUGCCUCUGCUGUUGGAUCAAGAUUAUGUUAACUUAAAGAAUCAGAUCAUAAAGGCAGAAAGACGAGUUCUCAAAGAGCUGGGUUUCUGUGUCCACGUGAAGCACCCUCACAAGAUAAUCGUUAUGUACCUUCAGGUGUUAGAGUGUGAGCGUAACCAGCACCUGGUCCAGACCUCAUGGAAUUACAUGAAUGACAGCCUCCGCACAGAUGUCUUCGUGAGGUUCCAGCCUGAGAGCAUCGCCUGUGCCUGCAUUUAUCUUGCUGCCCGGACGCUGGAGAUUCCUCUGCCCAAUCGUCCCCAUUGGUUUCUUCUGUUUGGAGCAACUGAAGAAGAAAUUCAAGAGAUCUGCCUGAAAAUCCUGCAGCUUUACACUCGGAAAAAGGUUGAUCUGACACACCUGGAAAGUGAAGUUGAGAAGAGAAGGCGCGCCAUGGAGGAGGCCAAGGCCCAAGCCAAGGGCCUACUGCCCGCCGGCCCCCGGGUUCUGGACAGCACUUCGGGGUUCUCACCCGCCCCCAAGCUGGCAGAAUCCCCCAAAGAAAGUAAAGGAAACAAGCCUUCCCCACUCCCUGUGAAGAACGCCAAGAGGAAAAUGGAGGGUGUGAAGAAAGUCAAGGCUGACAGCCCAGUGAAUGGCUUGCCAAAGGGGCGAGGGAGUCGAAGUCGAAGCGGGAGUCGAGAGCAGAGCUACUCAAGGUCCCCAUCACGAUCUGCUUCUCCUAAGAGGAGAAAAAGUGACAGUGGCUCCACGUCUGGCGGGUCCAAGUCGCAGAGCCGUUCACGGAGCAGGAGUGAUUCCCCACCAAGACAGGCGCACAGAGGUGCUCCCUACAAAGGCUCCAAGGUGAGGAGCUACCGGAAGUCUAAGGACUGCAAGUACCCCACCCAGAAGCCACACAAGUCCCGGAGUCGGAGCUCCUCUCGCUCUCGAAGCCGCUCCCGGGAGCGGGCAGAUAAUUCCGGGAAGUAUAAGAAGAAAAGUCAUUACUAUAGAGAUCAGCGCAGGGAGCGUUCCCGGUCUUACGAGCGAACAAGCCAUCGCUACGAGCGGGAUCACCCUGGGCACAGCAGGCAUCGGAGGUGAGGUGCUGGGCUCCCAGAGCGCUGCCCUUUGACCCUUGGUGUGCGCACUGUGGCAUGACCGUCCCUGUGGUGCAGCUCUUUGGAAAUGGAUGUUGACUCUGGACCUUGUGAUGAAUUUGGAGAUGGAAUCAAGAGGCCGGCGAGGUGCCCUUUAGGCCGGCCUGGGCACAGCGCGCACUCGUCGUGCUAGCUCAGGGCCCACCUCAGCAGCAGCCCUGUGGAAGCAGAUGUGUACAUCCUGGUGGUGUGGCUUGGUGCUAACGACAGGCUGUGUCUUCACUCCCAUACCAAUACUCAAUUACGUUAAACCAAGAAAAUGACUUUUAGAACCUUUGCCUAUAUUAGGUUGUACUUAUGUACAUAUUUUGCAGUGUUUCACAGUGAGAAAAUGGCCUUAAUCGCCCCUUAUUCUCCAUUCGCCCUGUAAAUAAACAUGUGUUUACUACAAGUUAAAGCUAUACAUGGGAACUCAGAACUUGAAUUGUCAGCUUAAAACUUGUGUAGAGAAUUCUGAUUUUUAAAAUGUGAAGGUAUUUAGAUCUGUGUUGAAAGUCGUAUAUUUUUAUCUGUGCGAUGCUGAGUGCAGGCCACCAGCUCCCAAAUAGAGAAGUUUCCUAUAUAUGCAUUUUACGUGGUUAAAUAAACAAUUCUCUCUACUCAGGA